AUGAAUACCGAACAAUCGAAACAAAAAAUACAAUUGCAACAAUGCUGGAGAAUUCCUUAUCAACCAUAUGCUUGUUUUAUUUGUGGUACUCUUUUAUCAAAUAAUUCUGCUUUAGUACCAGAUGAUGCUCAUUUAGACUUAUUCAUCGACUAUGAUGUUUAUGUUUGCGACAAACAGAAAUGUUGCGCUCACCAUUUGGUUGGUUCGCACUUAGCUCCAGAUCAAACUAUUGAUAUCAGUCACUAUGAAUCAGCAAGUUUGACGCCUUUGGAAGUAACACAAUUGGUAAUAAAUCUGAAAGAUGAAAUGAAAAGAAGACGCUCUCAACCACAUCGCAGUUUAUCAAAUCCAAUACUCGAUGAGGAAGAACUGAGAGAUUGA